UGUUAAAUAUAAAAGGCAUAAAGCAGGCUUUGUUUUGUAUUUUUGGGAAACCCAAAAACCAAAGGUUUCAGAUUCAGACAGACAUUUUCCCGCCUAUUUCCCGAUCAAUGGCUCCCAAAUCAGAUAGCGCCGAAGCAAUCGUGCUCAACUUCGUGAAUGAGCAAAACAGGCCGUUAAAUUCUCAAAAUGUGGCCGAUUCAUUGCAAAAGUUCAACCUCAAGAAGGCGGCCAUUCAGAAGGCACUGGAUAAUCUGGCUGAUAAUGGGCGGAUUUCGUUCAAAGAGUAUGGUAAGCAGAAGAUAUACCUUGCUCGCCAAGACCAAUUCAACAUUCCGAACAAUGACGAGCUUAAUCAGAUGAAAGAAGAAAAUGCAAAACUUCAGCAACAGCUCCAAGAACAAAAGAAAGCAAUCAGCGAGGUCGAGGGAGAGAUUAAAACUUUGCAAUCAAAUUUGACCCUGGAACAGAUACGCGACAAAGAUGCCAAACUGAGAAAGGAGGUUAAGGAGAUGGAGGAAAAACUGGAUAAAUUGCGUGGAGGAGUUACACUGGUGAGGCCAGAGGAUCGUAAGGCAGUUGAGGACAUGGUCUCGGAGAAACUUACUCAGUGGAGAAGGCGUAAAAGGAUGUUCAAAGAUCUAUGGGAUGCUAUUACUGAGAACUCACCCAAGGAUCUCAAGGAGUUUAAGGAGGAACUUGGAAUUGAAUAUGAUGAAGAUGUUGGUGUGAGUUUGCAGCCAUAUAGUGACCUGAUGCAGCGUGAUAAGAAGCGUCCAAGAGGCUACUGAUGUUUAUGAAGUGUUUAAUCCUCAGUCAAGGAUUUAAGCAUAUUAGAUAGUGUUCUCCUAGAGGUAAAUCUGUUGCAAAAGGAAAAUACAUGUGAAUUUUGAAUGCUUUUUAAGAUCUAGAAAUUGUCAUAGUUGUUACAUGUUGACUGUUUGUUUCACAAGGAUGCAUGAUAUGACAGUUUAUGUAAUUAAGAGGAGCACAGAAAUUAGUCACAAUUUUAAGCAUAAGACAACGUGUACUUACUGUUAUGUUUCAUUGAAGAAAAAUGAUCAAUUAUGAGCAA